UCGUUUUUGUGUCCCCAGAUUUUUGGUUUGGAGUUGAAACCCUGUCCUUGAAUUUGAUCAUUUUUCAUCCCAAAAUCAGAACCCAACUCAAAUUCGUGAACUACAAUCAAAACUUUUUCUAUAUCCUACCCUACCCUUCUUUGUCAUCUUCUUCUUCUCACAAUCAUCGUCCUUUGGGCUGAAUUUGUUGUCAGAGAAAUUCUCUCUCCUCGCCAUUGAAGCUGUAGUCUUGCUUGAAGGCAGACAAAGGAAAGAGAAGCAGAAGCAGUGGAAUUUCUGGUGGUUCUUCUGAAUUGAUUCAUGCUUCCGAGUAAUUCUUCUUCUUGUUGUCCAUAUCGGCUGCCCAUAUUUUAAUGGUUUUGCAGUCGGCUUCCAAUACUUCACCCCUUUUCAGCUUGUGCCCUUGUGCUGCUAAUCCUCUUCUUCUUCAAUUCCGCCGCAGAAAGAGAGGAGUUAUAGUUAGAAAUGUGAGAUGGGCUCUGCUUAAAGCUCAGGCCUGCAUCAAUGGCGGAAAUCCACAACAUAAUUUCAGUGCCGCCGCCGGAAGGGGCGCCAAAAGCAUAGUUUUGAAGCGAUUUUCAGAUGAAGAAGAGUUCGAUUAUGCUGCUUCAUCUGGUCUGAAUACUAGCAGUAGUAACUAUUAUAGUACCAAUUUUGGGGAAGAUCCUAUAGUAGAUAAGCUGAGGAAUCAGCUGGGUGUCAUCCAUCCCAUUCCCUCUCCUCCAAUAAAUCGGAAUAUUUUCGGUCUUUUUGCUUUCUUUUUUUUCGUGGGUGUUGUAUUCGAUAAGCUGUGGACGUCGAGAAAGAAGAAUGCAAGAAGUAGCGAGAGUAAGCCGGGGAGUUGGCUGCAGGUGCCCACUAGCCUGUCCUUGUUUCUUGAGAAGGAUUUGCAGAGGAAAGAGUCAGUGGAGUGGGUGAACAUGGUGUUGGGGAAGCUGUGGAAGGUGUACAGGGGUGGGAUUGAGAAUUGGAUCAUUGGAUUACUGCAGCCUGUGAUUGACAAUCUCAAGAAACCAGAUUAUGUGCAGAGGGUUGAGAUCAAGCAGUUCUCAUUGGGGGAUGAGCCAUUGUCCGUCAGGAGUGUCGAGCGCAGAACUUCUCGUCGUGCUAAUGACUUGCAAUACCAGAUAGGCCUCCGCUACACCGGUGGUGCACGUAUGCUCCUACUUUUGUCUCUUAAAUUCAGCAUUCUUCCCAUCGUUGUACCAGUGGGUGUGCGAGACUUUGAUAUUGAUGGGGAACUUUGGGUCAAAUUGCGACUGAUACCAACAGAGCCGUGGGUGGGAGCUGUCUCCUGGGCCUUUGUUUCUCUUCCAAAGAUAAAGUUUGAGCUAUCACCAUUCCGCUUGUUCAAUCUAAUGGCAAUACCUGUUCUCUCAAUGUUUCUGACAAAACUUCUCACCGAGGAUUUGCCUAAGCUAUUCGUGCGUCCAAAAAAAAUAGUUCUAGAUUUUCAGAAGGGAAAAGCUGUUGGACCUGUUCCUAAAGAUUCUAAAUCUGGAGAAAUCCAAGAGGGAAAUAAUGACUUUGCCGGAGAAUUGUCCGUGACUCUUUUAGAUGCACGAAAACUCAGUUAUGUAUUCUAUGGUAAAACGGAUCCAUAUGUUAUUCUAAGAUUGGGAGAUCAAGUAAUUCGUAGUAAAAGAAACAGUCAAACUACUGUUAUUGGACCUCCUGGUGAGCCAAUCUGGAAUCAGGAUUUUCACAUGUUAGUUGCUGACCCUAGGAAAGAAACAUUGUACAUUGAGGUAAAGGAUUCUCUGGGAUUCACGGACUUGACUGUAGGUACUGCAGAGGUUGAUCUUGGAUCUCUAAAAGACACUGUUCCAGCAGACAGGAUAGUGGUACUUAGAGGAGGUUGGACCCUGUUCGGAAAUGCAACAGCUGGAGAAAUCCUCUUGCGUCUGACAUACAAAGCAUAUGUUGAGGAUGAAGAAGAUGAUAGGUCUGAGAAAGUAUCUUCAUCUGAGGAUGAAUUGUCUGAUUCUGAUGAACCGAAUGUCACAACUUCUGAGCAGCGUGGAAAGGAAAACAUUAUUGAAUCAGAUAACGAAUCUUUCAUGGAUGUUUUAGCAGCAUUGUUGGUAAGUGAGGAAUUUCGAGGUAUAGUGGCAUCCGAAACAGUGAAUACCAAGUCUUCAGAUGCUGGGAUGAAUGCCAGUGCCUCUGAACCAGAUCUGCUUACUGUUGGAUCCAGACAGCAAAUUUCUGAAAAGGACUCUGGUAGUUCUCAAGGAACAACUUUGUUUUGGCUUGCUAUCAUUACAAGUAUCUCAGUCCUUAUAGCUAUCAACAUGGGUGGUUCAAGUUUGUUCAAUCCUUGACAUGAUGAGGCAACAAUGGAAGCUCUAUUUAACGCCUUCUCAUUAUUCUUUGUGAGUACACAUUAUGUUUCCAAGGAAAUGAAAUCAACUGCCAGCAGUUUUUCUAUCUCCGGCGGAUUGCACUUAUCUUGGAGCAGAGAAGCUUCACAAAGAAUAGUAGAUAGUGAAAGGUGCAUACAGUCUUUGCUAAUUACUUGUUAUUUAGGUGGAGAAAGCGUUAAUCUUUGGCGCCAAAAUUUUGAGUCUUCCCUGUAGCUUACGAAAUGAACACUGUAUAUCAAUAAUUGUGUAUAAAGCACCCACAUACAUUCUUACUUUUCAUUUUGUUCAUACUAAACAAGUGAUGAAUUAGUUGUGGACGCAUUUGAGAAUUUUCAUCUUUUUUCUGAGCUCAAAUAAUAGUGGUUUGCUGUUUUUGCAGUUGCCAAAUUCGUAUUGUAUUUCUCCAAGUUGUAAUCUCCCUAUGGGAAGAGCAAAUAAUGCAACCUCUAUUAUUACGUGAGA